UCUGUUUGUUUGCUGCAAUGACUACUUUUUAUCUAUCCCUAAUCCCUGGGCCUUGACUGCACUGACUCACUCGCUGGAUAUCGGGUAGAAAGAGAAUCGAUGGCGGCAACUGCAGCUGCAAUCGCAAAUGCGAAGCACAUGAUGCGGAUGAUGUUGUCUGCUUCCCUUUCUCUUCCUGUUUCAUCACGCUCUGCAUCGCUAUCCGCAAAGCGUUUCCUUUAUAAUCAGUAUCCCCCCAAAUCGCAUGCCCUCGUGAGAUUAUCCUGUAGAAGCAUCACUACCGACACAAACAAGAAGAGGAAGAAGAAGGAGGAGAAAGAAAAGGGGAUAACCAAAGAAAAGCGAAGAACCCGUUCACUCAGGGAUGGGGAUAUUCAGAUUUUGGAGCAGGAGGAGGAUGGUUCUUCAUCUACGAGUACUUCUACUUCAGUAAUGAUGCAGCAGUCCCAUGUCCCCGUUAUGUUGGGCGAAGUGCUUGAUGUCUUCUCUUCAAGUUCAAAGCCUCUCACCUCUUUUGUCGACUGUACUCUUGGAGCGGCUGGUCAUGCUUCUGCGAUAAUCCAGUCCCACCCUAAGCUCAAGCUUUUCAUUGGAAUGGAUGUGGAUCCCGCUGCACUCCGUUUGGCUCGUUCUCGCAUCAAUGCCAUCUCCCAUUCUCACACUCAUCCCAACUUGGAAGCCCUCACUUUUCUCAAAAAUUUCAGACAGAUCAAAUCCCUUCUCACCCAGGUCGACCACAUCUCUUCGGGAGUCGAUGGCAUCUUAAUGGACUUAGGAAUGUCAUCCAUGCAGGUCAACUGUCCUGACCGAGGCUUCAGCGUGCUCGUUAAUGGCCCUCUUGAUAUGCGUAUGGAUCCUCAGGCUAGUCUGAAAGCAGAAGACAUAUUGAAUUCUUGGCCAGAUAGUGAAGUAGGUAGAAUCCUUCGGGAUUAUGGAGAAGAAAGGAAUUGGCGAUUGCUUCAAAACAAGAUUGUUCAGGCCCGCCUUAAAGGUGGAUUGCAUUCCACUGGUGAAUUGGUUGAUGUUAUUCGGAGGGCUACUCCUGGGACAAGAGGUGGUAGGCAAGGCUGGAUAAAAACUGCAACAAGGGUGUUUCAGGCCCUUAGAAUCGCUGUCAAUGAUGAACUCAAUACACUGGAGGAUUCCUUGUUUGCAUGCUUUGAUUGUCUAGCUCCCGGGGGUAGGCUUGCUGUCAUUUCAUUUCACAGUUUAGAGGAUAGAAUUGUGAAACAAGCAUUCCUUAAAAUCAUCAAUGAAGAAGGGAAGGAUUCCGUAAAGAAUAAUGUUGAAGGUAACAAGGAUCAAAAUGAAUCAUGGAUUAGACAGACGAUACAAGGUUGGAAUGGAACAAUUCUUACCAAGAGGCCAAUAACACCCUCCGAAAAGGAAGAGGGCUUCAACCGCCGCAGCAGAAGUGCUAAGCUAAGGGUAAUUCAGAAAUUGUAGCCAUAGCUUAAUUUUGUGAAGUCAUUAAUAAUACGCAACAAUGUAUCAACAACUCAUUUUUCUCCUCCGCGCCAACCUAUUU